CCGACCGGAGCAUGUUCUAUACAGGAUAGGCACUGCUACUCCCGAGUUCUUGAGCUACUCGUUAACCUGUGGGCAUACCACAGCGCGCGGCGGAUCGUGCAUGUCAAUCCAGAAACCGGUGCAAUGCAGGAACAGCACCACCUGAAGAACAGACGAGGUAAAAUGUUGAUGAAAUGGUUCUCAUUCGCCACCUUGAAGAGCAUGGAUGAGGAUAUGGCUGAAGAGUUUGAUUCCGAUCAUCCCGGCCGCCGGUGGCUGUGGCCGUCAACCGGAGAGGUUUUCUGGCGUGGAAUCUAUGAGAGGGAGCGUAACAUCCGGCACCAGCUGAGGGAAACACGGCGGCAACAAAGCAGAGAUAAACUCCGUAGAAUGAGAAGCCGUGUGCGCCAGAAGUCUAUUGGGAAGUACAUAAAGCCACCACCGGAGAACAUCAGUGCGGUGAAUGUUAGUGGUAGCUGACUCCAGAGGUUAGCUUUGCUUGUAUUUUUGUUAUUAGGU